AUGGCCGUCAUCGACCCCAUACCGACGCCAUCUGUACCUCUCACGCGUCCGUCCACCACAGUAGUCACUCCGCCGGACAGCGCGUCCUUCCUCAUUGGCUCCAAUGACAAAUCCUACAGGCACCAAUACUCCAAUAUCUACUUCGUCAGAUUACGCGCCCUAAGACAACAUGUGGAGCAGCAGGCGCAGCGGAAAUGGAGCGGAGUCGCAGGUAACCCUGUAUUCGUGCCCCGUGUUCUUGACGUUGAGAAAGGGAAGCUAUGCUUUGUCAUUGGCACGGUAUACAUGGAGAUGCCGCUGAAGCCGAACGUCCUCGAAGACAUCGCCCGAGACCGUUCCAUUCCCGCUCCUCCUCCUCGAGAGAAGUACUACUCUGAUAGCGAUAGCGUAACACUGGAAGACGAGUCCGGCCGCAUAUGUCUUGUGGGAAGCCGCGUUACUUCAACUUGCCUCGUAACCGGCGUAAUCCUCGGUGCUCUUGGAAUCGAGACCCACACUGGUGACUUCGAGGUUGUGGACCUAUGCUAUCCCGGCAUGGCUCCUCAACCCACUGCUGGACUGGAGUGGCCAAGUUGGAAGGUCAGCGAUGAAAUUAUGGAUGUUGAUGGUACCGCACCUCAAGUCUCUGAUGAAUGCAUAGCCUUGGUCUCUGGCCUUGAGAUCGGCUCCCUGGACGCCGCUGACGGCCAGCUCCAAUUAUUAGCAGAAUACCUGACGGGAGAAGCCGGCGGCUUAGGGGAACAAUCUCAGUCGUCAUGCAUAUCUCGACUAAUCAUUGCCGGUAACUCCUUUGCUCCAAUAGACACGUCCAAGGGAGAAUCCGAAAGGAGAUCACGAAAAUACGGCCAAGAGGUCCCUUUCAGCCCACAUCCAACUCAGGCUCUCUCGGCAUACUUGACUGACAUUUGCCGCUCACUGUCUGUUCACCUUCUCCCUGGACCAUUGGACCCUGCAGCCACCAUACUCCCCCAACAACCUAUCCCCCGCGCCAUGUUUGGUGGAGCCUCCCACUAUGCCAACUUCUCCAGCGAGUCAAACCCCACCUACAUCAACGUUUCUCCUUCCCGCGAGCCCCCAUCAACAUCGCGUACUAGUCAACCCGGGGCCUCCUCCUCAAAAGCCAACGGGCAUGUAGAAAAAGUUGACGCCGUCCGGUCCAUACUCGUGCACUCCGGCCAGCCUCUAGACGACAUGUUCAAAUACGUGCCCACACCGCCCAUCACACGGAUGGCGCUAGCGGAAGCCACGCUCCGAUGGCGCCACAUCGCGCCCACCGCCCCGGAUACGCUCUGGUGCCACCCAUACUUCGCGAAGGACCCGUUCGUGAUCCCGGAGACACCAGACAUCUAUGUGGUCGGGAACCAGCCUGCGUUCGCGACCAAGCUCGUGUCCGACGACGGGAGCGCGGAUGGAGAGGAGGGCUCUCCGAAGAGAUGUCGGAUUGUGCUCGUGCCGAAUUUUCGGCAGUCAGGCGUGCUUGUGCUUGUGAACAUGCGGACGUUGGACGUGCGGAGGGUGCAGUUCGCGAUGCAGGGAAUGAGCGCUGGCGGGGGGGAAACGUGA